AUGAAGCGGGAUGACUUUAACUCUUUAACGUCCCCCUCCUACCCUCCUACCUCCCAGUUCAUUGAGUGCACAGGAGGAGCCAUUGCUUCCAUUCCUAACUGGACACUGAGAGGGACGCAGCUAAUGAAUGGAACAUCUAUGUCUUCCCCCAAUGCAUGUGGAGGCAUUGCCCUGAUCCUUUCAGGUCUGAAAGCUAAUAACAUUGACUACACAGUUCAUUCAGUCAGAAGAGCUCUAGAAAACACUGCAGUGAAGGCUGACAAUAUCGAAGUAUUUGCUCAAGGACAUGGUAUUAUUCAGGUUGAUAGAGCCUAUGACUACCUCGUUCAGAAUACAUCAUUUGCUAAUAAAUUAGGUUUUACUGUUACUGUUGGAAAUAACCGUGGCAUCUACCUCCGAGAUCCUGUUCAGGUGGCUGCACCUUCAGAUCAUGGCGUUGGCAUUGAACCUGUAUUUCCAGAGAACACAGAAAACUCUGAAAAAAUAUCCCUUCAGCUUCAUUUAGCUCUGACUUCAAAUUCAUCUUGGGUUCAGUGUCCCAGCCAUUUGGAACUCAUGAAUCAAUGUAGACACAUAAACAUACGUGUGGAUCCCAGGGGCCUAAGAGAAGGAUUGCAUUAUACAGAGGUAUGUGGCUAUGAUAUAGCAUCCCCUAACGCAGGUCCGCUCUUCAGAGUUCCUAUCACUGCAGUUAUAGCAGCAAAAGUAAAUGAAUCAUCACAUUAUGAUCUAGCCUUUACAGAUGUACACUUUAAACCUGGUCAAAUUCGAAGGCAUUUUAUUGAGGUUCCUGAGGGUGCAACAUGGGCUGAAGUGACAGUGUGUUCGUGUUCUUCUGAGGUGUCAGCAAAGUUUGUUCUACAUGCGGUCCAGCUUGUGAAGCAAAGAGCAUAUCGAAGCCAUGAAUUCUAUAAGUUUUGUUCUCUUCCAGAGAAAGGAACACUGACUGAAGCUUUUCCUGUCCUAGGUGGAAAAGCAAUUGAAUUUUGCAUUGCUCGUUGGUGGGCAAGUCUCAGUGAUGUCAACAUUGAUUAUACCAUUUCUUUCCAUGGGAUAGUGUGUACUGCUCCUCAGUUAAACAUUCCUGCAUCGGAAGGAAUCAACUGUUUUGAUGUUCAGUCCUCCUUGAAAUACGAAGAUCUGGCUCCCUGCAUAACUUUGAAGAACUGGGUCCAAACACUACGCCCAGUGAGUGCAAAAACAAAACCUUUAGGAUCAAGAGAUGUUUUGCCAAAUAACCGUCAGCUUUAUGAGAUGGUCCUGACAUAUAACUUUCAUCAGCCCAAGAGUGGGGAAGUAACUCCAAGCUGCCCACUACUUUGUGAACUAUUAUAUGAAUCUGAAUUUGACAGCCAACUGUGGAUUAUUUUUGACCAGAACAAAAGACAGAUGGGUUCAGGUGAUGCCUAUCCACAUCAGUAUUCUUUGAAACUGGAGAAAGGAGAUUAUACAGUUCGACUGCAGAUUCGCCAUGAGCAAAUCAGUGAUUUGGAACGCCUUAAAGUUCCAUUUAUUGUUUCUCAUAGAUUGUCUAAUACCUUGAGCUUAGAUAUUCAUGAAAAUCAUAGUUUUGCACUUCUAGGGAAGAAGAAAUCAAACAAUUUGACAUUACCACCCAAAUAUAACCAGCCAUUCUUUGUUACUUCCUUACCUGACGAUAAAAUACCUAAAGGGGCAGGACCUGGAUGCUAUCUUGCAGGAUCCUUAACAUUGUCAAAGACUGAACUGGAAAGAAAGCUGUAA